GAUGUUGAACAUUGCUCAAAAAUAUGAAAUUUUUUUGAAAGAUAUGGUGAAGAGGAUCCCUUCUUUAGAUUUGAACUAAGUAAUGGAAACGGAGCUCAUGGAAUGCCAUUGGAGGAUGAUUGGGUUAAUGUGAGAAGGUUAUGCAUUUUGCUUGAAAAAUUUUAUAAGCUAACAAUACGUGUUUCAGGUUCUUCAUAUGUGAUAAGUAAUUUUUUUUGUUCAAGAAAUUGGUGAUGUUGUUUGUGAUUUGCAAAAAUGGAGAUUGUCUAAUAAUGCAUCAUAUGCUAGAAUUGCUAAUACAAUGACAGAUAAAUAUGAGAAAUAUUGGGGAAGUUAGGAGAAGACGGACAUGUUAAUUUACAUUGCGGCAAUUCUUGAUACACGAAAUAAAGAAGAUUUUGUGAAUUUUAUUCUUGAGCUUACAUACGGUGAGAAAGAAAGUGUUGAUAAGCUAAAAUUCAUCAAAAAUGCUGCAUUUGCAUUAUUCAAUGAGUACAAAAUUAAAUAUGGAACAGAAAUAGAUGCAAGUGGGCAAAGUGCUUCAUGUAAUAAUAUUAACGAUAAUGAUGUUAAUCAAAUAACCGAUGUAAGAAGUCUGUUUAAAAGGUUGAAAGUUGCAAAAGGAAGUGCCGAAGCAAAAUUAGAGUUGGAAAGAUUUCUAAGCGAGGACGUUGAAGCCGAUCAAAGUAACUUUGAUAUUUUAGCUUAUUGGAAAGUUAAUAGUGCAAGGUUUCCAAUUCUCUCUCGGAUGGUUCGUGAUGUAUUGGCUGUUCCAAUCUCUACAGUUGCUUCUGAGUCUGCAUUUAGUAUAGGUGGCCGAGUACUUGAUCCAUUUAGGAGCUUAUUAACUCCGAGAAUGGUACAAACCCUAGUAUGCACUUCCGAUUGGCUUCGAAACUUGUUGGCUACGCCGGGUUCAAGAAAAAUUUGCUUUGAAGAAGAUUUGGAUGCUCUUGAGAAGCUAGACAUAGGUAUUUACCAUUUAUGUUUUUGUAUGUUAAAUGAUUUGAUUUUUUCUUAAUUUUUUAUUUGUUUAUCUUUCAUAUUUGGGUAAGCUUUCAAUUGAACCUCCAAUCACAGAUUUGUAAGAGCUUUCAUGGAAGAAUGCAGAUUUGUAAGUCUUUAUUAUCCACUAGCUGGAUACCUCCAGCCCACACAAAACACAACCAAUUAUACUGCUUCUUCUUCUUCUU